UUGUGGCGCGUACGCCAGGAUUUGCAUACAGAGGAGUAGAGCGCCCGCCUCCCUCAAGAGUUUGGUUUUCCUUUCCAAGCAGUACGUUUCUGACCAGACUUUGCUCGGCAGAGGUGGAAGUUAAACUCGGGUGGAUCGACUCCUCCGCCCAGCCAGCGCUGACAGACCUGCUCUGUUUUAUCCCGCUGUGCGUUUUCCCCACUUCAGCUGUCGCUCCGUCGGUUUUGUGACUUUCUGGGCCGAUCCAUCAAGAUGUCUCAGAUGAGCAAGAAAACGAUCACGACGACGACCAGCUUCAAGAAUCUACAGGCCUCUCCGGAGCCGAUGGUUACAAGGCUUGUCUCCCCCAGCCCUGUGCUCUCCGGGAGCUCCGUGUCGUCGGUGACGCCGAUGUCUCAGGUGUCUCAGGUGUCCGCGGUGCCGUACGCGGUAAACGGCGCCGGCUAUGGGACGUUGCGGUACCUGGUGCCUGUGCAGCAGCAGCAGCAGCAGUCCUUCGUCCUGAUGCAGCAGCCUAUGAUGCAGCAACCUGUGAUGCAGCAGGUGGUGUCCCCGAUGUACCUGCAGAAUAUGCAACAGCUGAGUAUCGGCAACCAAAACGACUACAUGUACCAGGAUCUGAGCAUGACAGAGAGCACCAGCAGGAAGUCUUCAUCUGUGUUCAGCCAUUCGACCAGUCCUAUCAAGAGCCCUGCGACAAGUGUUGAGGAGGAGGUUGAAUUGGAGGUAGAAGAGGAGGAGGAAGAUGAGGAGGGGGAUGCUGUUGAAGUGGAGGAGGUGGAGAUUGUUAAUGUCAUACAGUCGAAACCACCUCCAGUGAUAGAGAAGAUCUCAAGGAGGGAGGUGAGGACUGAGUUGAAGGAGAUACCAGAGCCAACAAAGCUGGACACGCGUUACUUCGGCGAGCUGCUGGCUGAUGUCUACAGGAAGAACUGCGACAUCCACUCCUACAUCUCCGAGCAUGUGUCCAAGAUCCGUGGACAGAAACACCAGAUGAAUUUGGGAAAAGAUUCCAUGGUGGAUAAAGAGGAGGUGGAGGCUUUGAUUCCAAAAGGAGCUACCGAACUGACCAAGCAACAAAUGCGCUACCUGCUACAGACCUUAGUAAAGCGCUCAAUACUGAAUCAAAAAUGCAAAUGUGUGUUUUGUGUCUUUCUGAUAUUACAGCGUCUGGAGAGUGAGAAGGAAUCUUUGGAGAGAGAUCUGAGUUUCAAAACAGACCAGGCUCGGCAGUAUGACUCCCUCCUGGCGACCGUCCGAGAAAACAACAGACAGCUCCAGAUGUCUCUGAAGGAAUCCCAGGCCGCCCAGCGUUCACUGGAGAGCCAGAUCAUGAGCAAACAGAGUAGCGACUCGAAUCGUGACUUCAAGCUGAAAGAGAUGGAAGCAAGAAUGAAAGCAAUGGAGAACGAGAACAAGAUGCUCCGACAGAAGCUGGCUGGACAAGGUAGCAGCUCCACCUUUCAGAUCAAAACAGACGAAUUAUCCCGUCAGUACAAUGAGCAGCUCAGCACCUUGACCCGAGAGAAAGAUCGGGAGAUCGAGAGGCUGAGGGUAAGACAGGAAGAACUAGAUUCUAGUGACUGGAAUGAGUGUGAGCUAUCUUCUUGUGGUCCUCAGGAGAUCAGAAGGCUGAUGCAGGACAGGAACAGCAGCUCCAAGAACGUCACUAAGACCAUCAUCACCAAAAGGGCUCCCAGGGAUGGUGGUGGUUGA